GGCACGCCUUGGUAGGUGAUUGGUGAGGUAAGAUGGCGGCGCCAGAAGAGCAAGAAUUAUCUCAGGCACAGACCGAAAAACUCCUCCAGUUUCAGGACUUGACUGGAUUGGAGUCCAUGGACCAAUGUCGUCGUACAUUAGAACAGCAUAAUUGGAAUAUAGAGGCUGCGGUACAAGACCGACUCAAUGAACAGGAGGGAGUGCCCAGUGUCUUUAACCCUCCGCCAUCCAGACCCUUACAGGUCAACACAGCAGACCACAGAGUUUAUAGUUACAUUGUUUCAAGGCCGCAGCCCAGGGGAUUACUAGGAUGGAGCUACUACUUAAUAAUGCUACCUUUCAGAUUGACAUACUACACACUUCUUGAUAUAUUCAGGUUUGCUCUGCGGUUCAUUAGGCCCGAUCCUCGUGGUCGUGUGACGGACCCAGUUGGGGACGUUGUAUCAUUUAUUCACAGCUUUGAGGAGAAAUAUGGCCGGUCACACCCAGUGUUUUACCAGGGAACAUACAGCCAGGCACUCAAUGAUGCCAAACGUGAGCUACGCUACUUAUUAGUAUACCUUCAUGGAGAGGAUCACCAAGACACUGACGAUUUCUGCCGUUCCACAUUGUGUACAGAAGAGGUUGUAGCCUUCCUCAACACGCAGAUGCUCUUUUGGGCAUGCUCCACCAGCAAACCAGAGGGUUACAGAGUAUCCCAGGCGUUGCGGGAGAACACUUACCCCUUCCUUGCCAUGAUCAUGCUUAAGGACCGUAAGAUGACAGUGGUGGGCAGGCUGGAGGGACUUAUUCAGCCGGAGGACUUCAUCAACCAGCUCAACUUCAUCAUGGAGGCUAACCAAACAUAUCUGAUGUCAGAGCGUCUUGAACGGGAGGAGAGGAACCAGACCCAAGUGCUGAGGCAGCAGCAGGAUGAGGCCUAUCUUGCCUCUCUCCGAGCUGACCAAGAGAAGGAUCGAAAGAAAAGGGAAGAGCAGGAGCAGAAGAGGCAAGAAGAGGAGAAGGUUCGCCAGAGUGCUCUUGCUGAGGAAAGGCGACUAAGGACUCUCGAGGAGGAGAAAGAGAGAAAGUCAGAAUGUCUUCCUCCAGAGCCUCCUGCAGAUGAUCCAGAAAGUGUCAAAAUCGUGUUUAAGCUGCCCAAUGACACACGAGUAGAAAGGCGAUUCCUUUUUGGGCAGUCAUUGACGGUAAUAUAUGACUUCCUCUUCUCGUUGAAAGAAACCCCAGAGAAAUUUCAGAUAGUUACAAACUUCCCUCGCCGUAUCUUGCCCUGCCUUCCAACUGAGGAGCAGCCCAACCCACCCACGCUGAAAGAGGCAGGACUCAGCCGCUCCGAGGUGCUUUUUGUUCAGGACCUCACGGACGAUUAACAGAAUAGCAUACCUCUCCUACAUGGAAGACGAAUUUUUUUUCCAUCCCUUAGUCGACCCAUUUUAUUUCUGUUAAAUGGCCAUUAUGCACAAUGGAUUGGUGACCUAAUCUGAAAAUCAAGAUAAACCACCCCGCGUCCAGUACAUAUUUGGUUUUGUUUAAAGGGUUCCCAAAAGCCUGGAAAGUCUUGAAUUUUAUUGAAAUAAACAUUAUUCCUUCAUGUCCUUUAUUGAUCUUUGUAUUUGUCAAGGGGAAGGACAUCCUGUAUCCCAUUAUCUGUACCUUCGUGUUUAUUUUUCAUAAUGCCAGUGGUCCUUCCUUACCCAUGACUCUUUUAAUCAAAUGAUAAAAUACAAUGCUAAAAUGUGCUGAAACAGUACCUUAAAAAUUAGUUUUUCUUUACUCCAUGGCUGGGCAAUUUGAAGGAGACUGGUUACAUGGUAAUCAUAACUAAUACAUAUUGGAUACUUCAUUGGAUGAUAUGUAUGGACUCUUAGUAUGAAUGCUUUGGUUACCUUUUUUGUGUUUUCUUUAUAAAGUCAGACAAGCUGAUGUUUGAUCUAUUUGUCCCAAUUCAACACCCUUUUGGCCUUCAGUUUUCACACAUGCUUUCUUCACAGUAACCUGGGAAUAGAACUGGUGUAAAUGAAGUCUGUUGGUACCGAUUGACGAUGUGCCGUUGCAGAGAGCAAGUGUGAUACUUCAGGGAGCAGGUUGAUGGAUUUGGACAUUUAAAAGAAUUGUGGGAACCCUGUUCAAAAUGAGCCAUGCACUGUAUAUAGGUUAUUUAAGAACAAACCAGAAAUUCACAGUACUUAACAUGUCUUUUUUUUUUUAAUGUGUUUGCGUUGACUCAUGUAAAUUGUCAUAAAAUGACCAAAUGCGGGUUGGUUGCUAUGUAAGAAUUGGACUGCCUUGGGUUCAGAACAGUUGAAAAAAAUGCGUUAUUGAAAAGAGGCCACAGCUUUUACAUGUGGUUUUAUCUAUAGUAUAGUACGAGUCUGCCCAUAGUGUGCCUGUGAUUAUUCAUAGAUGCCUACUUUGCCUGUCUAACAUCUGAAUGGGCUGGUCAUGUAAAGAUGUAAUUUUCCAACUAUAAAUUAAACAUUUUAAAAAUGUUGGCUCUGAGAAUACAAAGUGCUUGCACACAAGCAAGUAGGAAGCUGUCGCUUCAGCUAAGCGACACCUCUUUCAAACUUGAUACCACAAAUAAAUGCUAUGCUUGAUUUGAUUGCGUCCCAGCUGUGGAGGAAUUCUUCAGGCAAAUUGUGUAGUUUCAAAAGAGGUUUUUGGAGUUUCUCACUAACCUUUUAAAAAGGUUGGUAAUUUGAAGGGCAGGGGGAAUAAAAUGGU